ACAGCUAUGGUAAAAGAGAAGAAGAAUCCAAACAUUGUUGUGGCCGCUUCUCCUCGUAGUCAAUAAUCCGAUUGCUUAAUCUUCACUCCUUGUUUUUUUUUUUUUUUAUUCUUAUUCUAUAUUCCUCGAACAGGAAAAAGGGGGAAAAAUUGAAGUAGGAAUCGGGUGAUCUAAAUCCCCCGAAAACCCUGAAUUUUUCUUUCUGAAAUCGAUACACACACACACAAACACACUGUUUUGUGUGUGUGUUUUUUGGGGUCAAUUGUCCAAUGGGCUGCACACAAUCGAAGAUCGAGAACGAAGAGACGGUGAAUCGAUGCAGGGAGCGGAAGCAGCACAUGGAGCGGUCCGUCACGGCGAGGAAUAAGUUCGCCGCCGCACACUCCGCCCACGCCAUGUCCUUGAAGAACACCGGCGCCGCCCUCAGCGAUUUCGCCCAGGGCGAGGUUAUCUACCCCUCCUCCUCCGCCGCCGCCGCGGUUGCUUCAGCGGCAUCCUCCGCCGCCGUCGGCGGCGCUAGCCCCCCUCCGCCUCUUCCACCGUUCGAGAAUUUUCCUCGUCCUCCACCUCCCCUCCCCUCCUCCUUCACCACAUCCUCCCCCCUCCAACGCGCCUCCACCAUGCCGGAAUUCGUGAUACCCCGAUCGGAGAACAAGCACUCCGAUCCGAUAAUUGAGGAGGACAGCGACGAGGAUGUCGAGACAGAGAGUACCCACAGCUUGAAACGACGUGGUAGCAGUAAAAGUGGGGGGAGAGGUAGGAUUUCACCUCCGGAGGUUGCGGAGGACGAGAUUUCGCAUCAGCCACGCAAAAACGAUCAGCAAAGUCGGCGGCAACAGCAGCCGCAGCAGCAGCAGCAGCCGCCACCCCCUUCGCUGGAGAAUUCAUCUUGGGAUUACUUCUUCUCCAUGGAUAACGUGCCGGGUCCCACAUUGGCAGAGGUGGAGGAGAAUACUGUGGAUAGGGAGGAUAUCGAACGGAAGAUGUUCGAAGAAAGGGCUAGAAGAAGAGAAAUAGAUGAGAAAAGCAAGAAAGUAGAGGAAGUAGCGGAGGUGGUGGAGACUGUGAACGAUCUUCCUCCGCAGCCACCACCGCCGGAAGAAGCGAUGGCGGCAGUAGCUAAGGUGGUGAAGAGAGUGAAACUUGUUCCAGCUGACGGGAAAAAGAAGAGUGGGAGUAGUAAUGUAAAUUUGCAGCAAAUAUUUGUCGAUCUCGAUGAUUGUUUUCUCAAGGCAUCGGAGAGUGCUCAUGAUGUUUCUAGGAUGCUCGAGGCAGCACGUUUGCAUUACCACUCGAAUUUCGCAGACAAACGAGGGAAUAUCAAUCAUUCGGAAAGGGUAAUGCGAGUCAUUACAUGGAAUAGGUCCUUCAGAGGUUUAAGUACUAAUGUUGAUGAUGGGGCGGACGACUUUGAUUCCGAGGAGAAUGAAACUCAUGCAACAGUGUUGGACAAGAUGCUUGCAUGGGAGAAAAAGCUUUACGAUGAAGUGAAGGCAGGCGAGCAGAUGAAACUUGAAUACCAGAAAAAGGUAGCUUCAUUGAAUAAGUUGAAGAAACGAGGUUCAAACACAGAAGCACUAGAGAGAAUGAAAGCGGCAGUUAGCCAUCUGCAUACAAGAUAUAUUGUCGACAUGCAAUCCAUGGACUCUACUGUUUCCGAAAUUAAUCGUCUACGUGAUGACCAACUCUAUCCAAAACUCGUUGCUCUUGUCGACGGAAUGGCUACAAUGUGGGAGACAAUAAGAAUACAACAAGAGAACCAAUCGAACAUCGUCCAAGCCUUACGCUCCCUCGACACCUCCCAAUCCCCAAAAGAAACGAGCGACCACCACCACGAACGCACCCGCCAGCUAGGCGGUGUUGUCCAGGACUGGUUCACAAACUUCACCGAACUAAUGAGCCAGCAAAAGGAAUACAUCCGGGCACUCAACACCUGGCUAAAGCUAAACCUAGUACCCAUAGACACAAACUGGAAAGAGAAACCCACCUCCCCAAACCGCCACCACAGCCCCCCCAUACAAACCCUCCUGAACGCAUGGCACGAUCAUCUCGAGAAACUUCCGGAUGAACCCGCUAGGGCAACCAUCAACAACUUUGCCGCCAUAGUAAAAACCAUCUGGCAGUACCAGAAAGAAGAGCUGGAGUUUAGAAACAAAUGCUCCGAUUCAAGAAAGGAUCUGGUAAGAAAAACGAGGGAGUUUGAGAGUUGGUACAAUAAGUUCAUGCAGAAACGGGGCCCGCCCGAUGACACGGAUCCGGACCGGGUCCACGAUAGCGACCACAUCGCUGAGAGGCAGCUGAUUGUGGAAAUCGCAAAGCAUAAAUUGGAGGAAGACGAAGAAGGGUACCGGAAGUUGUGCGUGCAGGUUAGAGAGAAGUCGCUUGUGAGCCUGAAAAGUCACUUGCCCGAACUUUUUCGGGCGCUUUCGGAAUUUUCGCUUGCUUGCUCAGAUAUGUACAGUAACUUGAGGUCCAUUUCGCAUCCGAGGCACAGAAACGAGGUUUGAUUGAUCUCUCUGGUAUGUGUUUCGUCACCUAUAUAAUUUAUUUAUUUUUCUACCAAAUAAUUACCACAUUUUUUGGUGUGUGUUCUGUUGUGAAGUAGCAGAGAAGGUUGGUUGUGAAAUUGUAUUUAUUUUAGUCGUGCAUGUAUAGAAAUACGUGAUUGGAUUGUGAGUUGAUUCAUCCUCUUGUGGCACUGUGUGGGCAGUUUUUUUGCAAAUUUUGUUUGCUGAUUAAGUGUUUAUCUUGUUUAUG